AUGAUAUUCUUAGCCCCCACCCUGCCCCUUGUUACCCAGCAAGCACAGGCAUGCUACAGCAUAAUGGGGAUUCCUGGCAUUGACACUGCAGUGCUGACCGGAAGAAUAAAGCCAUCCACACGCUUUGAUUUGUGGCGAUCUCGAAGGAUGUUCUAUUGUACACCCCAGACAGUACAAAAGGAUCUUCUUUCUGAUGACGCCACCUUUUUUGCGUCGAGAGUAUGCUGUGUAGUUCUAGAUGAAGCGCAUAAAGCAAGUGGUGACUAUGCGUACACAAAGGUAAUCGAACAGCUUGAACUUGCUGGUGCUCAAUUCAGAAUUGUAGGACUAUCUGCCACCCCUGGCACCUCUAUAAAAGCAAUUCAAAAGGUUGUGGAAUCUCUACGUGCUGUCAAAAUUGAAGCCCGAUACGAGACAGACCCUUCGGUUGCUCCCUACGUCCAUCAGAAGCAUUCAGAAAUUGUCAUCGUUCCAAAGAAUGAAUCUCAAAAGGAUAUCGAGCGACGUUUGACUCGAAUGCUGGAGCCUAUACUCCAGUAUCUGAAGGCUCACGGUGCCUUGAAGUUUGGAGGGGGCAAUGCAACGGUAACAACAUUCCAGAUACACAAAUCAUGUCAGGAGUAUUUGAAAUCAAAUAGAAAUGCAAGUGGUUCUGUCCGCGCUUAUUUUCAAGCUGCAUACAAGUUAAUUGAGCUCAGGAAUGAUGCUUACCAAUCCCUUGGCUGUGUCAAGCUUAAAAUUCAGCGCUUGAAGCAAACACCACAGAAGGGACCACUCGCUAAACUGAUCAGAUCUAAAGAUUUUGAUGAUCUUUAUAGACGAGUACUCAAUGCAACGAACUCUGCAGUUGAAUCCAAAACAAGCUCAGACCUCUCGGUCGAAAGUUUCAACCCGAAGCUUCAAAAGCUAGCCGAGCUGCUGAACGAGCAUUUUUCUCGUGCCAAAGCGGCAGAAAAGUCAUCUCGCGCCAUAGUCUUUUCACAGUUUCGAGAUUCGGUAUCCGAAAUAGUCGAGCAAUUAAAGAAGUAUCAUCCAUUGGUCAGAGCGCGGCAUUUUGUUGGACAACAAAGUUCGAAACGUUCUGUUGGUGAUGUUGACAAUCGGUUGGGAGGCAUGAAACAAUCAGAGCAGCAGCAAGUGAUCAAAUGGUUUCGGGAGAAUGUGUACAAUGUGCUAGUCUGCACAUGUAUUGGCGAAGAAGGUUUAGACAUCGGUGAAGUUGACUUGAUUGUGAAUUUUGAUACGUUACGCUCGCCAAUUCGGAUGAUUCAGAGAACUGGACGAACUGGACGUAAAAGAAACGGACGAGUUGUUUGCUUGAUCUCCGAAGGUCAAGAAGAACGAACCUAUAAGGCAUCGAAGCAAGCUGAGCAAACACUUAUGAUAGCAUUGAAGAAGUGCGGCUCUUUCAAAAUGGAAGUUCACAAACCUAUGUUGCCAAGAGAACCAACACGACAAUUUGCAGACAUCAAAAUUACGGGAAGUUUUCGAUUUUCUCAGGUUGGACAUUCAGCCCCUAGAAGGCAAACAAAGGUUCAAAAUUGGAAUCUCGGGCCCGCUCAGGAAGAGGAGCGGGGCCAACUAUUGGGGAAGGUCAUCUCCGCCAAUAGCGACUGGACGGCUGUUCGAGCAGUUCUAUUGAGGGGUUGGUGCGGUAGUUUUAGAGCCAACAUCAGAGGACAGAGCACCCAACUCCUUCAUAAAUUGAAGGGUAUCAGGCCCGUGAAAGCCAAAACAAUGUCCCGGCGUUCAUUGACGUGUGGAAUCGAGUCUAUCUUUCCUAUCGUUCCUCCGCAUGACCAAGAGACUAAACCGGCAAGGAUCGCAAAACCACCGGUCCAAAUGCCUCUAAAUGGUCACGAGAAGACGCACGCUUCAAGUCACCUUCCUAAUGCUCCUGCAUUGCGCAAACUGGGCAUCCCGAAUCGGCGGGAUGAAAUCGAAUUGACGAAAUCUAGAUCACAUUCUCUGAAUGGUGUCGAGAAGAAAGUUUGCGAAAGACAAGAAGCCACCGCUUUGUUUCUUGAAGAAAAUCAAUUUCGAAGAUCCAACACAGAGUCAUCCAGAAUUUACGAGAAGAUCCUUGUUUCCAAUAGCAAUCAUGAUGCUGUGCCCCAACCUACAUUUCGGUUACCCACUCCACCACCUAGUAGCUACGAAGAAGAUAGUGACAUGCCACUAGAAGGAGGAUCCUUUUGUUUUCGUCUCCCAACACAGGAUUCCUCGUCAUCCGAGGAGGAAGGUCCCACAAACUGCCUCCCGCUAUGCACAUCAGCCAAGACACACGAACCGACCUAUGAUGAAAUGGACAACGUGAAGUAUAUUCCCAAUUUUCAAGUAAGCGAAACUCAUUAUGGUACGUAUAAUGAUCAAUCAGAACUCUCAAACUGUCGAAUGGAGGAACUCCGACCUGGCAGUCUGAGGCAUUCCGAAACUGAUGAUUCAGAUGCCCGUCUGAUUUCCUUGAAGCGAAGAACAGAUGAGAAAACUGAGAAGAGAAAGGCAGAGAAUAUACCUUUGAUGGAAUUGAAGAGACAACGAAAAAUCUUGAUAGAGGGGAUGAAUGCUGGAUGCGGGAGAAAAUCAAUUGCUACCUCCGAGAUGGAAGAUAGCAUGAUGUCUGCCAAUACAUUUGGAGAUGCGAAGAUGUCGCCCUCCGCGAUCUUGGGCACCAAUUCUGGUGAUAUGGAUUCAGAGACCGGUCCCGGAGCAAAAAAAGUUGGAAAUAAGAGACAGUCAACCCAGGAAAAUGAUCCAGCUUCACGUUGGGCCGACCCUCCUAUCGACAACGCUCUAACCCUAUUUAACAAACCGCUGGGGGUCUCGAAAGGGCACUCUUUGAAUAGCAGCCAGGUCAGAUCGCACACCGCAGACCGAAGUGUGGGCAAGCGAUGUCAACGGGCGGCAUUGGAGCUAUCACUCGACUGUUUGACUUGUGGCAAAAGUCCUCGCCGCCACGACCGAACGCCAAAGUCGAAUGCAAGAACCAACUGGUAUGGGGAACUAACAGAUACUCCAGACUACGAUGUGAAUAUCGAUCCUGAAGACAUAAAUUGUGCUUUAUGUCGUUCUGUCGCAUCUACCGACGAAAACCCCAUAUUCUUGUGUGACGGGAGAUGCAACCGAGCUUUCCACAAGUUGUGCUAUUCCAUCGAAAGUGAUAUAAAGUCCGCUGAUCCUUGGCUUUGUAAGGAGUGUUCAAGAGCAAAGGAACCACUCCUAACGAAGAGAAUAAUCAAGAGAUCUGCCGCUGGACACAUAUCUACCAAAGACAACGAGGUUGUUGGCCGACAGAUUCAUGGCUGUGACAGAGAUAAUAGCAAGGUUGAGGUGAAGAAGAAAAGACUGGAAGUGUUGCAGGCGCGGCGUCUAGGGGCUGCAAGAUUUGUUUUUGACGAAGCAGAUAUUGAGGCCAAUGAUGACAUGGAGGGCGAUGAUGCGGAGAAUGACAUGCUAGAAGCACUGGAGGAGGAAGAAAGCAUAUUCAACGACGGCUUUAUCAAUGACUCGACUCAAUUAAGCCAGCACUAUUCUGAUGACGAGCUUGGAAAUGUUGAUCCUGAUGCAUCGCGGGACAUUAAUUUUCAUCACAGAAACUUGGAUGCUCAAUUUGACCGGAAAAAUCAGUUCAUAACACCUGUCCUAAAUCGCAGAGGUUGUGGUCUUGACCUUUCAGCAGCAUCUUCUCAAGAGGGCUUGGGAAACAUGCAUUUUAUCCGAAGUGUCUUACAUCAUCAUCAGCAGGGUGGGGACGCCCAAGAAAUAGAGGAUUACUUUCGGGAUCUGCAAUCAAGGGAGCAAACUCCUGGCGAGAGUUCUUCUGUUGUCCAUCAAAGCGACAAUGACUCUCCAGACAAAUGGCGUAAUCAUCAAUAG